AUGAUGAUUAAAACUGAAGCACAACCCACGGAUUUGUGUGCAAUUGAAGUUUACUUACCAACAACCAAUAGCAAGGAUGAAGAAGUAGCAGUAGUAUAUGAGCAAAUUGAUGACUUAAUGAAACUGGUUAAAGAAAAGGACAAUCUAAGCAUAAUUAGUGAUUUCAAUGCAUCGAUUGGUGAAGAGAACAAAGGAUUAUGGAAUGGCAAGUUCGGGCUAGGAAAAACGAAUGCUAGAGGAGAAAGGUUGCUAGAUUUCUGUGAACAGUAUGAGAUGAUAGUCACCAACACGUGUUUUGAAAUGCCCAAGAGAAGAAUAUAUACAUGGAAAAGUCCAACAGAUGGCAAAAUGUUUCAGAUAGAUUAUAUCCUAGUCAAGAAGAAAUUUAUGAAUCAGAUAAAGUCUAGCCACUCGUACCCUGGAUAUGAUAUAGACAGUGACCAUGUUCUAGUGAUAGCAGACUAUAGUAGCAGAUUUAUGAAAUAUAAAAGAACUAACCAACACAGAUGGUUUGUAAAAAAACUCAAGGAAAAGCAAGUAGCUGCAGACAUGAAAGAAUUGACCGAUACCUGA